AUGGCAGACCUUCCGGACGAAUUAACAAUGGAUAUCUUGUCGUGCAACGAUGAUAAAUAUGAGUUGGUGGGUUCGUGCAACGGGGUCGCGUGUUUGUCCACCUACGACGAGAACGACUUCACUCGAUCGGAGAUAUUUCUCUGGAACCCAUGGACCGGUGAAUGGAGACGCCUUCCUCGACCCCGCUUCUUUGUGUCGGAAGUGAUCGGCUUCGGAUUCGUCUCCUCGCAGGGCAGCGGAUCAGCACGCCUUCCUCGACCCGGCGAUUUCAAGGUGGUCAACAUACGGAUAGAGUCCGGGCUCUUCAUGGGCCGCUGCUCGCAGGUGGAGGUUUACAGCCUGAGGCGAAGUUCUUGGAAGCGGAUCAGCAACGGGUUCCCUUGCGGGAUCGACCACAAGUGCUUGGGCAACCAGGUCGUCUUCAGGAACUUCGUGUGCUGGUCGUACCAGUACGACGCGUCAUUGGUCAUGUUCGAUCUUGUCGAGGAGGCUUUCCAUCGGAUGGUCCUGCCGCUGUCGAUGCGCUUGCUGACCGAACAGAUAUGUCCGUUGGGAGGAUGUUUGUGCCUGAUCGGGUACAAGCCGUCGUGUCAAAGUCGUGAGGUGUGGAUCAUGAAGGAGUUCGGCAUCGCCGAGUCUUAGACCAAGCUGUACACGAUCGAUCUAUCUUCGACUUUGGGCGCCGCCGUCCUGCGAUGCUUGCCGCUCGGGUUCGCUGGCUCCGAAACCAUUUUCUUCGUCAAGAAUUCCGUUUCCAGUCUGCAUGUGGUGUCCUACAACGUAGAGACGGCAGAGUUUGAAGAAUUCCAAGUCCAA